AUGAUAAACUGGCGGGCGUGUAAAAGGUCUGGAGCGGAGGAUAAAGAGAGCGGGAACAUAAAAGAGGACUCGUGUUAUGCUUCCUCGACACGCCACCAGAGGGAAGACCACAGAUCACGGACCACAGACCACAAACUCAGACCACAGACCCACACCCACACCCCAGACCACAGACCACAGACCACAGACCCAGACCACACACCUAGACAACAUCCCACACACCAAAAACACAGACCCAGACCACAGACCACUGACCACAGACGACAGAUCAUAGACCCAGACCACAUACCACAGACCACAGACACAGUCCCACACCCAGACCACAGAUCCAGACCGAGAACACAUCCCACAGACCACAGACCACAUCCCACAUCCCACAUCCCACAGACCACAUCCCGAGACCCCAUACCACAUCCAACAUCCCACAGACCCAGACCACAUCUCAAAUCCCACAGACCACAUCCAACAUCCAACAUCCUACAUUCCACAGACCACAGACCACCACAUCCAACAUCCAACAUCCCACAUUCCACAUCCAACAUCCAAUACCCCACAUUCCACAGACCACAUCCAACAUCCAAUAUCCCACAUUCCACAGACCACAUCCAACAUCCAAUAUCCCACAUUCCACAGACCACAUCCAACAUCCAACAUCCCACAUUCCACAUCCAACAUCCAACAUCCAACAUUCCACAUUCCACAGACCACAUCCAACAUCCAAUAUCCCACAUUCCACAGACCACAUCCAACAUCCAAUAUCCCACAUUCCACAGACCACAUCCAACAUCCAAUAUCCCACAUUCCACAGACCACAUCCAACAUCCAACAUCCCACAUCCCACAGAUCACAUCCAACAUCCAACAUCUCACAUCCCACCGACCACAUCCAACAUCCAACAUCCCACAUUCCAUAGACCACAUCCCACAUUCCACAUCCAAUAUCCCACAUUCCACAGAUCACAUCCAACAUCCAACAUUCCACAUUCCACAUCCAACAUCCAACAUCCCACAGACCACAUCCAACAUUCCACAGACCACAUCCACAUCCAACAUCCAACAUCCCACAUCCCUAGACCACAUCCAACAUUCAACAUCCCACAUUCCACAGACCACAGACCACAUCCCACAUUCCACAGACCACAUCCAACAUCCAACAUCCCACAUUCCACAUCCCACAUUCCAUAGACCACAUCCAACAUCCAACAUUCCACAUCCAACAUCCAACAUACCACACACCCAGACCACAUACCACAUCCCACAUUCCACAGACCACAUACCACAUCCACAUCCAACAUUCCACAGACCACAGAUCACAUCCAACAUCCAACAUCCCACAUUCCACAGACCACAUCCAACAUCCAACAUCCCACAUCCAACAUACCACACACCCAGACCACAUCCAACAUCCCACAUUCCACAUCCCACAUCCAACAUUCCACAUUCCACAUCCCACAGACCACAUCCCACAUCCAACAUCCAACAUACCACACACCCAGACCACAUCCAACAUCCCACAUCCAACAUUUCACAUUCCAGACCACAUCCAACAUCCAACAUCCCACAUUCCACAGACCACAUCCAACAUCUCACAUUCCACAGACCACAUCCCACAUCCAACAUCCAACAUUCCACAGACCACAUCCAACAUCCCACAGACCACAUCCAACAUCCCACAUUUCACAUCCAACAUUCCACAUCCCACAGACCACAUCCCACAUUCCACAUCCAACAUCCAACAUCCCACAUUUCACAUCCAACAUCCAACAUCCCACAGACCACAUCCAACAUCUCACAUUCCACAUCCAACAUCCAACAUCCAACAUCCCACAUUCCACAGACCACAUCCAACAUCUCACAUUCCACAUCCCACAUCCCACAUCCCACAUCCAACAUCCAACAUUCCACAGACCACAUCCAACAUCCAACAUCCCACAGACCACAUCCAACAUCCAACAUCCAAGAUCCCACAUUUCACAUCCAACAUCCAACAUUCCACAGACCACAUCCCACAUCCCACAUUCCACAUCCAACAUCCAACAUCCCACAUUUCACAUCCAACAUCCAACAUCCCACAGACCACAUCCAACAUCCAACAUCCAAGAUCCCACAUUUCACAUCCAACAUCCAACAUUCCACAGACCACAUCCAACAUUUCACAUUCCACAUCCAACAUCCAACAUCCCACAUCCCACAGACCCAGAACACGCCAUCUUGUGGAUUCAGGAGGUCAUGUAACAAAAUAACCUAUGCGGGAGACACUGGACACCACCACUACACCGUCGUCUACACCAUCCUCUACAGCGUCUGGCGUCCUCACCCCCGCCCCCCACACGCCGCAACGCACUCACCACCACUUGUCACUACGAUAGGCCACGCGCUCUCACUCACUCAUGAGGCGGUCCGUCCCGCCCCGCCCCGCCCCGACCCUGUUCCAGGGAACCUCGGGGCGGAGCAGGGCGGGGCCUCACCUCCCCUGGACCGUGAGGUUUCCGCUGAGAUCUGCGGUGGGGCGGGUCACUACUGGCGGGGCGAGGUUGAGAGUGGGGCGAGGCGAGGGGCAGGAGGAUAA